AUGACUGGAGAGACCCAGCAUGUUUACACCAUCGGCGAUACUGAGGCCGGCCCCAAGAACCCCGACAAGGACUUUGGCUUCGAAGGCUGCGGGGAGAAGGACGGGAGGGGGCUCGGCGGGGAGGGCACGUCCCCCUUCCCCAGCCCCAAGGACAAGGAGCCCCACAGCCAGCGGGAAGCCGUGAUCCGGCCGCAGCAAGCGGGGAAGAUCGACUUCAAAUCCCUCCACCGCAAGUUUGGGGAUGAGGGCAGCUGGGGAGAGGCCGAGGGCAGCCCCCAGAGCCCCCCGGGGAAGGGCCGAGCCCGCGAGCGCGGCCGGCGCUCGGGGAAGGGCGAGAGGGGCCACCAUCAGCUCUACCGGCUCAGCAUCGCCGGCACCCGGCCCAACCCCACCAUCGGCAUCGCCUACCCCCAGCAGAAGGUGACCCCCCCGAAGAAGCCGGAGGCGAAUCAGGGCCCCGCGGCCGGCGGCUACCGCUUCCACGUGCCCGGCGUCCCCCAGCGCGAGGCCGAGCCGCGGCAGGACGACCUCGGCUUCGGGCGCUGCUUCCCCGACGCCGGCCGUACCUCCGCCAACUAUACCUCACAGCCCGCUCCCCUCCACGGCCCCAAAGGGCAGCCCCCCGCUGCCGCCAUCCCCCUCAAGAGCCCCGGCACCAAUGGGCAGCUACGUUAUUUAGAGUUUCAGGCGAGCAGGGCCGACUCUUGGCCUUCCCCGGAGAAGAGCUUUGCCGGUGCUAGCUACGGGAUCUCGGUGCAGAAGCCCGGCUCUUUCCCCGAGGGCGGCAAGGCCGGCGCCCACGGCCUGGGGGUCGUGCCGUGCCAGUACCCCUUCCAGCUGCUGCACGACUCGGGGAAGGAGCUGUACCGCGGCGAGGUGGGGAGCCAGGAGUACCUGGACGUGGGGCUGGCCGCUGGCCAGCUGGCCCACGGCGCCUUCGCCUUCCACUCGUCCUCCAGAGAGUGGCACGAGGAGACGCUGAGCGGCGGCUCCUACGAGAGCGUGUCCGCCGAGGGCCGGCUGUACGGCUCUCCCGCCCUGCCGCCGCCGUUCCUGCACCCGCCGCCGCCGCCGGCCCCGCACCGCGGCCCACCGCCGUGCUGCAAGGGCAGGGGCGAGCAUCCCGCCGACCCCAAUGGUGCUCUGUCGUCGUCGUCUGGUGCUAUCGACCAAACCCCAAGCACUUUCCAAGAUAACCAAGCUGUUUUUCCGUCUAGUUUACACUCGCCUAGUACGCCAAAGCCGGUCGGUCAGAGGCAAGCCUCAGCGAAGGACGGCAUCCCCGGCCCGCGGCUGCUGGUCCAGGGCAGCCCUCUGAGAAGGAACAUGCCACCAAACUCUCUCUCCCAAGUGCACUUUCAGAGCAAGGCCUAUUGCAGCUCCCCGGCAGGCAGCGCCAGUGCAGGAUCCAUGCCUUUCGAGACAAGCGUUCCCACUAUGGCACCCGCCCACCCCAGGCUUGUGCAAGCUUGGGAAGGUGCCACUAAGGCGUUUUCUCCCAUGGACCAGAACUCAGCACCUUAUUCGAACCCUGUCGGAAACCAGUUCUCAUUCGAGUGCCAGUCUGGCCCCGAGCAGAGGCAGCACAGGCAGAAAAAUGCCAGGAUGCCUUGGCAGCAAAUACACCUCACUUCUGCAAUGCCCAGUCAGAACAGGCUCGAGCUGUCGAGACAGAUCACCAGCCAGAAGCUCCCCUUCCCCCUGGGCCCGUCAGACUGGCAGGGAAGUGGCAAAGCCCAGAAAGGGCUCCCCAUGAGUAACUCUCCAGGGUAUCACAGCAAAAAGCCUUUGUCAGGAGAGAGCCUUGGGGUGCAGAGGGGAGACCCCAACACCACGGGCGCUUUCUCUUUCGAAAGUGGGAAGGAGCCAGGGUCUCCCACCUGCGAUUCAAGAAGCAAAGGCCUCUUCUACAGCAUGGGUCAAGCAGGUCCUCCUCCUCCUCCCUCAAGGAGCUCAUCAGGCUCAGCGCUGGUCCUACCGCCAUCAGCCUUGGUGGCUGCCUCCCCUUGCGAGUCCCCGCUGCCAUCCCCCGUCCCCAACCCCACCUGCAGCAGCACCUGCUCGUCGCUCUCCCCCAUGUCCAGCAGCCCACUCAACCCCAGCUUUGAAGACAGCCAGAUGUCCGGAGCGCUGACCCCCUCACCCUUCUUCCAGCACCCCUGUCAUCCCAAGGACGGCAACAAAACCUUCCACCCCUCUGAGGUCCUGAGCUCCAGCUCGCUUCAUUACCAGCCCCCAGACUCCAUCAAGUCCUUCCACUUCCCUCCUGACACCCUGAAGGACGAAGGCCUCCUGAAAUGUGCCCCGACGAGCCCGUUCCAUAAACCCAGCGUGGACGUGGCCAAAGGGUGCUCGGAUGGGCCUGACGGGGAGCAGCCGCCACCGCCGUACUCCUCCCAUCACUUGCUGGCCAGCUCGCUCAGCAGUGCCAGCCUGGAUCAGCUGGAUGUGCUCCUGACCUGCAAGCAGUGCGACCAGAACUACAGCAACCUCUCCUCCUUCCUGCAGCACCGCCAGUUCUGCGCCUCCCAUCCCAUUCCCCAGGGAGAGGGCAAAGAUGCUUCUCGGGCAGCCGAGGGGCGGAAGGGACUGGCCCCAGAGCCCUCCAAACACUCCAGCCUGGGGCUUUCUCCAGACCCCCAGACGCAUUUCUUGGCAUUAAACAAGACUGAUGACUUCUUGCUGGAGGGGGAAAGCAAAACCGAGGGCAAGGAAGAUGGUCUGAAGGGCGGCCUCUUCAACGGCCUCGCCGCCAGCUCCCUGCCGCUCACCGCCUCGGACCUGGACAUCGACGAUGCCAAGCUGGACAGCCUGAUCACCGAAGCCCUCAACGGCCUGGGCUACCAGUCAGAUAACCCAGAGAUUGACAGCAGCUUCAUAGACGUGUUUGCUGACGAGGAGCUGACGGGCAUGAAGGUGGCCGGCGGUGUGAUGUCCCACAAGGCAAAGGAAAACCUGUCCUCGGAGAGCAAAUCCAAGCAGGCGGCAGCAGAGGAGAAGGCAGUGAGCCAGCCCAAGGCUGGCUGUUUUUAUGAAGAUGGCCCCCCGGGUGGAGAGAAGGCAAAGAGAGGGGCAGGAAAGCAGCAGCUUCACAAGGGAAGGGCAGCACAGAGGGUGGCAGCCCAGGAGCCAGAUCCCAGGGCAGAGGGAGCGCAGAGGACAGCCAGGCUGCGGGCGGGCAGGAAGAACAGUGUGUCACCGGCUACCACCUCCUCCAAGUCCACCUCCAGUCAGAAGCAUCCCAGGAAGCUCAGCCAGGAGGCUCUGAUGAAGAGUGAAGUAGGGCCAGGUGUUGGCACCAAGAGCUCCAAGCCACCUCGGUUCUCCAUGAAGGAGAUGAAGAAGCGGAAGCCCCGAAGUGGGACGUGGAGCAAGGAGCUCAUUCACAAGAUCGUGCAGCAGAAGAACAAGCUCCACAAACUGCAGGCCAAGAGCAGCAAGCAGGAGCAGUUCCCCCUGGUCACUGAGAGGAUGAUGCCAGCUGCCAAGGAGGGCAGGUUCCAGGAGUACGACUACGUCUCUGACUCAGAUGAUGAUGGAGCAGAGUGCAGGAAGCUCCGGAGGAGGAAGAAGCGUGGCACAGGGUUCAUCGGGAAGAGCAAAUACAGCUUUAGCAAGAAACGCCCAGGAAGAAGCGAGAGAGUCAAAGAGAAAGACCCAGCCUGGAGCUACAGCCGGAAAAGGGACGGGCAGAAAAGGGAAGCGCAGGAGCACCAGGUCCCAAGGCAAGACGAUGCCAAGAAAGAGGAUUGUGCCACCAGAGUCCGGAGACGGAGCAGCAACCACAGCAGCAGCGUGGCCAGUGAGGUGGGCACCAGCCCACCCUGCUCUGAUGGGGCUGGCUCGGGCAGUGAGAAGGGAGGUGCACGGAGGAGGAGGCACUCGAGCAGCCCAGCACGGGUGCUGAGGACUCCGCUCAGCCUACCUGGGGACAAAAGCCCAAAGAAGAGUCAGAAGAGCAAAGAGGACUUUCUCAGGGGCAGCAGGCGGUUUGGCUCAGCCAGACCUUUGCUAGCAGGCUCCAGGACACCUCCAAGUACUGAACCUGAUGUUGCUCCAACAGACUGUGCAAAGGAGGAGCCACUACCGCAGCCCCAGGAAAGGCAGCUGCCCAGCACGGCCGCCUCCAGCAGGAGCCCUGCCAGGCUUUCCCUUACAGAGAAGGCAGAAGAGCCCAAGGAAGCAGCAAAGCACAUGGGUGAGACAGGAGAACACACCCUGGAGGCUCAGGACUCGGCCAAGCUGACCAUGCCCAAACAGAGGCAUCAGUUUGCCCCUUUCACGAGCGAUGGGCUGAGGUACCACCCAGAAGAGGUAAUUGCUCCAUCCCACAGCGGUAACGAAGCCGGCCCUGGCGCUGUGAGUGCUGCCUACUCGGAAGCGGGCAUCAAAUACUUGAAGGCACAGGGGCUCUGUGACGGUCAGAAGGACUAUCCCCCACCAGUUGCCCCGUACGAGGGGCAUGCAGUGGGCAUGAUGCUCGCUGCCAAGGCGCCUGACCCGUACGUCAGCAGCAACACCACGUUCUUCGAUCCCAAAGGCCUUCCCGGUCACUACGACGACAACCUGUUCUCCAAGCCCCCAGCCCUGGGCUCCUCGCACGUGGACGACAUGUACCUGUGCCGGGAUGACAUCAACGCCGGCUCCUUUGAGCAGAAGCACAGCAGCAUCUCCCCGUACACCGCAGAGACGCCGCAGGGCAAGGUCUCGUCCCCGCUCAGCUUCGAUUCCUCAUCAAUCUUCGGAGAGCUUCCCGUCAGCGAGUUCGAUCCGCCACUGUACGAGAGCAAGGACGGUUACAUGCCAACCUUCACCUGCGCUGGCAGUGCCCCCAGCAAGCCGCUGCCCUUCGAGCAGCCCUACCCACCCUUCAUGCCGGAGAAAGACUGGCCCCUCAUGGAGGAGGUGGCUCCAAUGCUGCCUGAAGACAUGACCCAGUUCCACAGCCUUUCAGUGGACAAGCCACUAGCCAAGAAAUUCCCCGAGGAAGGAGCCGUCCCCACCAGCCAACUCUCCCUGCCGCUGCCGGACAGGAUAACGGAUUACAGCGUGGCUUUUAUGAGCAACAUAUCGGAUGACGAGCUGGAGAUCAAGCGGUUGGUCACGGAGCUGGAAAGUCAGCUGCAGACCAGCAAGCUGGGUAGCGAGGCACCCGUCACCCUGCAGAAACCCCAGCAGCACCUCGCUGCCCACCUGCGGGGACAGGCAGCCGAGCAGUUCCCACCGCUGCCGGCCGAGCGGGAGCCAGGCCACGAGAAAGGGCUGUUUCUGGCAGCUGAGCUGGGCACUUCGAGCCUCUGUGUUGGGGAGAGGUUGGCAGGCGAGAAGCCGGCUGUCACCGGAGCCCAUGGGGAUUACGAAGGGCCCCGGGAGCCCUGGCGCUGCCCGGUGGAGGUGGGAUCGCUGGAGGGGGGUGUGGGCACGCCAACCCCCCUCACCAUGGACCGCUUCUACUCCAAGGACUGCAGCGAGCAGCUCCAGGAAAGUGACCCUGGAAAGAUGGAAAAUGGAUCUUCCUCCAAAAGUCCACCUGGCUCAUGCACACCAGAGCAAACAGAGGCUGCUGUCUACACAGGGACAAAAAGCCCUCCUGGUGACACCAGCUCUGUGUUUCCCAAGAUCCUGGAAGCAGCUGAAGCAAGCAAAGAUCCCCAGCCCUCCCUGCCAUGCCAGCGUGGUGCUGAGAGCUUCCCCAGGCCGGGGGAAGCAGAUGAAAGCUUUGCUGAUGCUACAGAGCUGGAGAAGUUUGACGUGCAUCUUCCAAACCAUAAACCUGAAUUUGACUUCCAGCAAGGUCCCACCCCAGCCUUGGAUCUCGCCUUUUCACCUCACGUCAAAGAGGUCCCAGAUACAGAAGGACAACCCUUAAGCAAGCCCGAGUCACCCAAAAUGACAAAGAGCACCGUGGACUUCAAAGGUGAUGGUGGUGGGUCCACGUUGAUGGAAGCAACGGAGGGGAGGAAGACCCCCACGACCUAUCCAGCCCCUGGCCCCAGUGACAAAGCCAGCAAGAAAAAAGUGCUGCUGUUGGAUAUGCUGAGUGUGCCCACGGAGAGCAACUGCAGCUCCCAACAGACGGUGGCAUCCCCAGAGACGGCUGCCAGCCCUCUGCAGCAGCUCCAGCUCUUCGUGGCCCGAACGGUGAAGAGCAACGAGGAAGAGCUGUUGAUGCCCUGCUUCCCUAUGCUGCUCACUCCCAGCCAGCCCUCUGCCACCACCCACCUCCUGACAGAGCAAAAAGAGGAGAGCAGCAGCGCCUUGGAAGGGGAAAAUCAGACGUACUGCCCUGCCCAAGGAGAGGGGAACAUCCCCGCUGGAGGCAACGUGGAAAAUAUUGCUGCCUCAGCAAAAGAGGCUGCGCUUUUCUCUGGUGGGUGUGAGCAGCUGGAGUCCUUCAGUGCAACGGGCUCGUACCAUGCAAAGCCAUCCCCGCUCGUACCAGACCCGCAGCACUCGGCCAACGAGCACACGGAGCCGAGUGAUGGUGUUUCCCGAGAGCGUAACAACCUGUCGCCACUCAAACACACGGCGGCGGCCCCGCUGCCAGGGCAGAGACAGAAAGAUGAUCAGCUCAUGGAAGAGCAGGAGGCGGAUAAAAACAAAACAGCCUUGGCAUUUAAGAAACAUGAGCAAUCCCAUUUAAGCCGUAGCUUGCUGGAGAAAGAGACGCUGGGCAGUGUGACGGCAGAGAGGCUGGAAAGGAGUCAGGUGGGGCAGGGGACACAGCCUCUGCACAGUGCUGCCACGAGUCCCACCAGCCCCUCCUGUCCCUCCAAGGAGGAUCCUCACCCGAAUCACUGCUCGGUGACAGAGAAGAAAGUCAGUGCUGUGGCUGCAAAGGUUCCCAGGGAAGGAAAUGGUGAGAAGUCGCUUGACAGCUGUCAUUAUACAGGUGAGCCCUCAGCCUGCUUGCCCUUGCUGACCAAUUCUUCUCACCCCAAAUGCUCGCAAAGCGGUGGGGCCAAAGGAGGAGAGGUCCCUGGCUUCAGCACACAGCUCUUGGAUGAGAAGAAAAGCAGCACGUCCUUUCUUAACACAUCAAGCUCACUCGUCAUGAAGAGGUGUCCUCCUGAGGCAAAUGACCAGCACAUCCAUCACUCCACCAUGAGUCCAGCAGAGAAAGGGACGUGGCAAAGGGCAUCCACCUUUGCUCCUUCACUGCAUCCCUGCGGGGCUGUGCCAAUGGACACGGUCAAGGACAGUCACCAUCACCUCCCCGACGCUGUUUUGGGUAGCUACGGACCACCUGAAAGAGAAGGGACGGCAAGACCCUGUGCUGUGCUUCAUGCUGAUGGUCUGGUGGGCUCUGCCUUGGAGAUGGGUGUUCCCCAGAAGCCACAGGGGAAGGAGAGCUCUCCUCACUGCUCACCACCUUUCAACCAAGAAGGCACUGGGGAAGAGGCACCUGAAAGCGCCGCUGCUGUGCUCUCAAGUUCUCACUUUAAAGAAAACCAAAUGUGCAGCAUCAUGGAUACGGUUGUUAACUCCCUGCCUCCAGAAACACAAGACUACUCCAGCCAGCCCACAACUGAUCUGCCAGUCAGAGAAAGAGAAGUAGCCCUCAAUCAAGAGAACGAGUUUGAAAGCUGCUCUGAUGAUGGAAAUAAGCAUCAAAGUGAGCUGGAGGCUUUGUCCAAUGGUUCAGUUGUUCAGCCGGUGCCAGCCACUGUCAGCAGAGAUCUUACAAGGACUGGAGACCUUGGUCCUGCUGAGUUAAAUGGCCACAAGAUUUCAGAGGCAGCAGAGGAGAGUCUUGGUCUGUCCAAUACCACAGAGAGCAGGGGAAGGAGUUUAAAAGGGGAGAAACCCACAAGCCAUGAGGCUGGAGAAGCUGAGAGUUGUGUGUUAAACAGUGUGGGCCAAGAAGACAGCAACAAGCCCAUUGGUACUCUAAACCCUUCCCAAAAUGAACUUCAUAAAGAAAAGAAGCCAAAUGGGCUCCCGGUGACCUGUGACAUUUGUUCAGCCACUUUCCGGUCCAAGCCUGGCCUGACCAGGCACAAAGCUGUCAAGCACCAGGUGAAGAACGGUGGAGUGCAACAGCCCAUCAAGACUCCCAGGUCUGCUUUGGUUCCUGCAGACAAGACCUCAAAAGCAGCCCAAAAGGUGCCCAGGAGAAGCCUGAAGGCUUCAGCCAAGGACAAAACCUGCAGCUCACAGAUGCCGACCACCAACGGAGAGCACGUGCCCAAGAAAAUAUGGCCAGAGCUGGAGAAAGAGCCCAGCACGCAGAUGCAGGACGUGGUGAGCAGAGUGCUCAGCGACCUGAGCGUCAUCUCCUUCGAGAUGUCCCAGGAGCUGCACCACACACGUGUUCUGCAGAGGGAGAUGAAGGCAAAGGAGCUGCGCCUGGAGACCAGGGCAGCAGGCAAGGAGGCGGCUGGGAAGCUGGACUCGCGACGGCAAGGCAGGAAGGGGGAAAAGGGCAGGAGGAGCCAAAGCAAAGAUCCUGGAGAGCUGAAUGGCAUUCCUGAAAAGAAGCUAAACAGGAGGGUGAGACGAAGGAAACUGAAGGUGUUCCCCAGCAGAAAUGAGCCCACUGGUCCAUGUGAGCUGGAGGAGAACACAGGUCCUCUCACUGCAGUGCUCAGCUCCAGUCUGCCCAGGAUGGCAGAGGGCUUGCAUGAGCCAGGUGCUUGCACCUCCAGAGAGGAGCAAAAUAGGUCCAACUCAACCCAGCACUCUCAAAGAGCUGAACAGUCCCCUGGUGCAGCUGAGCUUGCUGAGGACCUGGACAACGGGACAACUUCAGAGACAGUCAGCAAGGAGUCAGCAACGGGCACAGCCGCCUGUGCCGGGGAGGUGGAAGAUCCAAAUGGAGUGGGAGACACACAGGCUUGCAAGAAAUGGGAUAGUGGGUUUGUGAAGCAAGUGGAGAAGGGAUUGGGCAAGGUAGGCAAAGAGCAGCAGCAUGGUGCUGAUGGCACCGAGGAGGUGGAUGCUGAGACAGGAGACAGCCCUGCAGCAGUCAGCGGCAUUGGGAACCAGAGCGGUCCCCCACAGAGUCCCACAGGUGGGGGUCUGCCGCUGGAGACACGCGACUCAGACACCACACAGAAGGUUCUUGAGCAAGGUGCUCUGCAGCCCAGGCCAGGAGCCAGCCCUCCUCCCGCAGAGCCGAAGCGAUGGGCCAAGGCAGACGUGCCAGCAGGCAGAGAGCAUUGUGCACAGGGCACUGCCGUCCCGGACCUCCAGAGCUUGUUUGACGAUGACUCCACGUUCUCCCAGUUGUUCCCCCGGGACGACCAGUUUGUCCGUAGGAAGUGCACACGGGUGUACGGGAAGCGCAGCAAGAAGCCCAAGCCCGUGGCCGAGGGCACCCUGCAGCCAGCAAGUGCCAUCGACCUCUUCACGAUCCGAUUGGCUUCCGACCUCGGCGAGAGCAGCUCGUUUGGUGUCACCAGGGAGGAGCCUUGCCAAUACGAAACCAUCUCUGUUGACGAUGCCUUGAUGCUAAACAUGUGUCACGGCAGCCAGGCAAAGGGCGGAGACGCUGCUCCCGACGCAACUCAGGGCCUUGCGCCGAGGUCAGACAGUGAGAAGGCCAACCAAGGGAAGGAAGACAUUGACCUGGAAGACAACAUGCUAACCUUCCUGUGCCAAAACAGCCAAGUGGAUAACGUCUCCAGCUUGAACAUCUGGGGGAGCCUGGAGAAGGAGGGAGAAAGCCUCUCUGCUGAGGACAUGUUUGAGCCUCUGAUGGACCUUGAGGAUGAGCAUUUGCUCAGAGAAGCAAGCUCUGAGCCCCCCAGCCUGGCAGAGGAGGGCAAAGCUAACGAAGGUUCGGACUCCCCUGAAUUUCAAACCAUCGACAUCGAGAUGCUGAACGCGAAGCUGAAAAUGAGAGACGUGUGCUUCUUCAGCCCUUGCGAAGAUCUUCCUGGCCACGGGGAGGACAACGCCGGGAGUUUCAAGCCAAAGACGGGUCAGCACAGCAAGCACAGGAGUAAGAUAGAGGAUGGGAAGCUGGGGAAAAACCGCAGCGAGAUAACCAUCAAGACCAAAGACAAGCAGUACAAGUGCAAAGUCUGCUUCCAGUGGUUCCUGACGUUAGGGGAGCUGGACUUCCACAAGCUCUCCCACAACCCUUCCCCUCCUCCCACCUGCUACAUGUGUGUCCAGCGCAAAUUCAGCUCCCGGGAGCAGCUGAGGGACCACCUGAAGGAGAAGCAUGCCAAAAACAAAGCCGGGCUGUGGGCCUGUGGGAUGUGUCUGAAGGAGAUCUCCGACGUCUGGAUGUACAACGAGCACCUCCGGGAACACGCCACCCAGUUCGCUCGCAAGGGGCAAGCACAGAAGUCCGUGCUGGGCCUGCCAGCCUGCUUCGGUGAGGACAAUGCUGCUGUCACCCACUUCCUCAACACCAUCAUGUAUCGCAAGCCCAGCAGAUCCUCCCGGCACGCCGACCCCGGCAGCAGACAUGCGCUUUGCAGAGAGAGCAAGAGCUCCAGGGAGCUGCCCUUCGAGCAGGAGGCCAAGGCAGUGAAAGACCCUUUGGAAAGCAACGUCAGGGUGAAGCCACCUGCACCCAGCUCCUCUAAAGCAUCCGCCAGUCUGUCUCCAGAGCACGCGGCAAAGAGCGAAGGCACCCCAAAAUCUGUCCCCAUGCACCCAGACUGCAAGGAUCCUUCCAGGGACUGUCAUCACUGCGGCAAGCAGUUUCCCAAACCCUUCAAGCUCCAGCGGCACUUGGUCGUGCACAGUUUACAGAAGAUUUACUUGUGUCACAAGUGUCCAAUGUUCUACCAGGAGACCAAAGAGCUCCGAAACCACCUGAGCCAGGAGCACGGCGUAGUGGAGGAGCAGGAGAUCAAGCACACCACCCUGUACGCCUGCGAGCUCUGCGCCGACGUCAUGCACGUUAUCAAGAAGUCCUUCAUCUGCAGCAUGUGCAACUACACCUUCUCCAAGAAAGAGCAGUAUGACCGGCACAUGGAGAAGCACCUGGCAGGAAGCAACAAGACUUUCAAGUUCAGAGGGGUCAUGAGGCCUGGUCUCGCCUCCAGGGAGGGCAGGGAGAAGGUGAAAGAGGACAGUUCUCUGCAGGAGAGCAUGCCACCAAGCAAGAAGAGGAAGGUGACUCACCGCAGCAGCUCAGUCCUGUGCAGCUCGCCAGCCCACCCGGACCACAGCGACCUUCAGCUGGUAGAGGCUGCAAGCCCCAGCCUGCAGGCUCCCGACUCCUUCCCUACAGCAGCCGGUGACCUGGGAGCACCCCAACCCUCAGUGAAAACAGAAGACCUGGUGGGUGAUUUCUCUGACCUCCUGGCAGAGAUGGAGAAGUCCCAGUUUGCCAACCUGCCUCCCCCACCUUGCCUCUCCCCGUCCUUGCCACGGGCUGCUGCGAGCAGCCCGGAGCUCGGCCACAUCACUGCCCUCUCUAUCGAGGAACUGGAGAAGGGAGCGUUUGAUGGGAAACCACUUCCUUUCUUGGACUCACCCGAGUUUACCGUUGACCUUGCUGGGUUGGCUUGUAACCAGGCCACAGGCAAACAACUCUCUCCUCCACACCUGACUGAGAAACGUGGCUGCACCGAUGCCCGUAAGAGAACAAGCAUGGGCAGCAAAGACGAACAUACAGCGGGUGUUCUGGAGAAUGCCAGUGCAGCCACCGAUGCUGGGGAUGGGAUCUCAUUUCUCCAGCUUGCCAAGAAGGGCUCGGAGCUUCCUUCCCCACAGGAAGAGGCUCCACCAGCCAAGGAGACCCACAGGUGGGGUAACCCCAGUGCCAGCGACUCCUCUUCUUGGGAAGGUGCGUCUAAGGCAACAUCUCCAGAAGCUGCCUGCCACCCCCUGCCCCUGAAGGACAAGACAGCGUCGCCCACGCUGAACAGGGCUGCCAAAGACUCAGCCCCGCAGAAGAAGACCGCAGAUAGCCAGCCCGGCAGCGAGGCUGCUCCCAGCAUGAGUAGCCCCAAGACCAGUGAUGAGGAGGGUCAGCAACCCAUUUCAGGGAGGGAGAAAGCUGUGCCUGAGGCUAAGGACAGUAGCACUAACGCCAAGGACCAAGGCAGUAACCCAAGCAAAUCCACCGGCCACCAGCCCAGAGGCGAGGCGGCCAGCAACUCCGUGAGACACAGCCACGUGGAGCCGAGCAAAGCCACCAGCAAGCUUCACCCCAAGAGGAGGAAAGAGCACAAGUCCUUGAGCCACCGCAGCAGCUCAGGCUCCCGGGAGAACAUGGAGGGAGAUGGGAAGAAGAAGAAAGCCCGUCCCCCGUGCCCGGGGAGGAGCGAGAGCAGCAGCGAGCUCAAACGCGCCGGCUGGAGCAACGCCGAGGCUUCCACCCUCUCCCCCGGGAGGAGGGAGACGCACUGCAACAAACUGGUCCCCAAACCCAAAACGGGCACCCAACUGAAGAAGAUGGUCCUGGACACUUACAACCAGAAAAAAGGAGAGCUGCGUCACGCCAACGGCGACGUGAAGCGCAGGAAAGCCAUCCUGGGCAAGAGCCUUCACCAAGUGCUGGCCAAGGGGCCGGCGCCAGCCCCGCGGGGCUCCUUGCACAGCCCACGCGCCGGCCGGGCCGCCAAGCCAGCCGGCUCGGCCAGCUACCGCACCGCCGAGUCCCAGAACAACCUGCUCAGCCAACUCUUUGGGCAAAAAUUAACUAGCUUUAAAAUUCCUUUAAGAAGAGAUACUUCAGAGUAA